GGGAACAUGCUCUUCAAAAUUCCAGCUAUUGCUAGCCACACUGCAACACUCGGACAUACGAGUCGUCGCUUGCCACUACCUGCAGACAUUGGAGAGGCUUGCUGAAGCCUCGCAUCAGUCGUCGUGCAAAUGUCUAUUACUAGGGUACAACCAACAGCAAGCAUCUAUCAAGCUGCCAGUGGAAAUCAAACACCAGCUCCAUUACCCUCGCUCAGAACAACGUAGCAUACAAAGUGGGUCGAAAUUGCAAGCAUUGAAGGUGCACCUAUUCCUGGCUUUCCUCGCAUGUUUGAGGCAUUUAGAUUCUACGCUGGUGCAUGGGAUAAUAGCUUAGCAUUGAACUUUGGGCUUGAAGACCCUGAAAAUUCUGCGACGAUAGCCCCUCAGCUUUCGGUACCUUUCUGCAAUUUCGUCUGCUUCCACAUGCCUGGGCUUGCCUGCACCGACUUUGAGCCCAACUAUGAAGACCACAAGCUGGCACUGCUGAGCCGAGGGCUGGCUGCCCACCUUAUAACUCAGUUCCACUCACUGACUGUUGCACCCAAUAUGCUGCCUCGGCUCAAGGUCAUCGACAUGGCCAACUCCUCUGAUGUGUUUGCCGGUUUCUAUGCGAGUUUUUCUGACGUGCCAAGUUGGCUCCGCUAACUAUCAGAGACAGUCCGACCCCACUGGGUCACAUUCAUC